UCUUCUUUCCUCUGAGAAGCCACUGCUGCUUUUUGAUGAUUUCUUGGGGCUUGCCUGUCUGUUUUCCCUCUGCUCCUCAGAGGCCUGCUUCAAGCCUUGCUUUCUUGCUCCCUUAGCUUGUUUCCUGGGGCUUCCCCCUCCUCAGCUUAACUUCUCCCUUGGAGAAACAUUCUGCUGGAUUGUUCUAGAAAAGGACAAGCCUUCCUCCCAGAAAAGGGCCGUUUCUGUGGGGGCAGAUGAGGGUGAGCCUUUCAGCUCACCCCAAAAACUCUCUUUCCAGUGGCAUCCUGGCCUCAGGCUUUGCUGGAGCAGGUCAGGCUGGCUGCACUGGUUUACCCGUGCUGGCAAAUCUAGCCAGAGUGUGGGAGAAGUGCGUCUGGGGGCCCCUUUCCCAAGUUUUUCUUGCUGCAAAAGGCCUAGCUUAGCCUGUCUUUUUCUAUGCACAGGAUGGCUCUUGCUCACCAGAGCCUCACAAAGAUAAUCGCUCAGGAAGUGUUUCAGCCAAUCCCGAGCGGCUUUACACUCCGAUUUGCCGGAGCAGCCAAUCGGGGAUGAGCUCUUAUUAGGCGGCCAGAUCAUCAAGCCGAAGUGCCAAACCCUUUUUCUGUGUGAGAACUAGGAGCCUGUCCUCCAUGUUUUAUAAGUAUUGACAUUACACAGUGUUAACAAUGCAUCCACAGAGCUUGGCUGAAGACGAAAUAAAAACAGAACAGGAGGUGGGAGAGGGCAUGGAUAUCUCUACUCGCUCCAAAGAUCCUGGCUCUACAGAGAGAGCAGCCCAGAAAAGAAAGUUCCCCAGCCCUCCGCAUUCUUCCAAUGGCCACUCGCCACAGGACACCUCAACAAGCCCCAUUAAAAAGAAAAAGAAACCCGGCUUACUGAACAAUAACAAUAAGGAGCAGUCAGAACUAAGACAUGGUCCGUUUUACUAUAUGAAGCAGCCACUCACCACAGACCCUGUUGAUGUUGUACCGCAGGAUGGACGGAAUGAUUUCUACUGCUGGGUUUGUCACCGGGAAGGCCAAGUCCUUUGCUGUGAGCUCUGUCCCCGGGUUUAUCACGCUAAGUGUCUGAGACUGACAUCGGAACCAGAGGGGGACUGGUUUUGUCCUGAAUGUGAGAAAAUUACAGUAGCAGAAUGCAUCGAGACCCAGAGUAAAGCCAUGACUAUGCUCACCAUCGAACAGUUAUCAUACCUGCUCAAGUUUGCCAUUCAGAAAAUGAAACAGCCAGGGACAGACGCAUUCCAGAAGCCCGUUCCAUUGGAACAGCAUCCUGACUACGCAGAAUACAUCUUUCAUCCCAUGGACCUUUGUACAUUGGAAAAGAACGCUAAAAAGAAAAUGUAUGGCUGCACAGAAGCCUUCCUGGCUGACGCAAAGUGGAUUCUGCACAACUGCAUCAUUUAUAAUGGGGGAAAUCACAAAUUGACACAAAUAGCGAAAGUAGUCAUCAAAAUCUGUGAACAUGAGAUGAAUGAAAUUGAAGUGUGUCCGGAAUGUUAUCUGGCUGCUUGCCAAAAACGAGAUAACUGGUUUUGUGAGCCUUGUAGCAAUCCACAUCCUUUGGUCUGGGCGAAACUGAAGGGCUUUCCAUUCUGGCCGGCAAAAGCUCUGAGGGAUAAAGAUGGGCAGGUCGAUGCUCGUUUCUUUGGACAACAUGACAGGGCCUGGGUUCCAAUAAAUAAUUGCUACCUCAUGUCUAAAGAAAUUCCUUUUUCUGUGAAAAAGACUAAAAGCAUCUUCAACAGUGCAAUGCAAGAGAUGGAGGUUUAUGUGGAGAACAUCCGUAGGAAGUUUGGAGUUUUUAAUUAUUCUCCGUUCCGGACACCAUACACACCCAACAGCCAGUACCAAAUGCUGCUUGAUCCCACCAACCCCAGUGCUGGCACUGCCAAGAUAGACAAGCAGGAAAAGGUCAAGCUCAAUUUUGACAUGACAGCGUCUCCCAAGAUCCUGAUGAGCAAACCCAUGCUGAGCGGGGGCACGGGCCGCAGGAUUUCCUUGUCGGAUAUGCCGCGCUCCCCCAUGAGCACAAACUCUUCAGUGCACACGGGCUCUGACGUGGAGCAGGACGCCGAGAAGAAGGCAACUUCGAGCCAUUUCAGUGCAAGCGAAGAGUCGGUGGACUUCCUCGAGAAGAGUACAGCUUCACCAGCCUCCACCAAGACGGGCCAAGCAGGGAGUUUAUCCGGCAGCCCAAAACCUUUCUCUCCCCAAGCGUCAACGCCAAUCACGACGAAAGCAGACAAAACGUCCACCACUGGAAGCAUCCUGAAUCUUAACCUUGACCGCAGCAAAGCCGAGAUGGAUUUGAAGGAGCUGAGCGAGUCGGUUCAGCAGCAGUCCGCCCCCGUUCCGCUCAUCUCCCCCAAGCGGCAGAUUCGCAGCAGGUUCCAGCUCAAUCUUGACAAGACGAUAGAGAGUUGCAAAGCACAAUUAGGCAUAAAUGAAAUCUCGGAAGAUGUUUAUACGGCCGUAGAGCACAGCGAUUCGGAGGAUUCCGAGAAGUCAGAUAGUAGCGAUAGUGAGUAUAUCAGUGAUGAUGAGCAGAAGUCCAAGAAUGAGCCGGAAGAUGCAGAAGACAAAGAGGGUAGUCGGAUGGACAAAGAGCCAUCUGCUGUCAAGAAAAAGCCCAAAUCGACAAACCCAGUGGAGAUUAAAGAGGAGCUGAAAAGCACAUCGCCAACCAGCGAAAAGGCGGACCCAGGGGCAGUCAAGGAAAAGACAAGCCCCGAGCCUGAGAAGGAUUUUCCAGAAAAAGCAAAACCUUCACCUCAUCCAACAAAGGAUAAACUGAAGGGAAAAGAUGAGAUGGAUUCCCCAACAGUGCAUUUGGGCCUGGACUCCGAUUCAGAGAGUGAACUUGUCAUAGAUUUAGGAGAAGACCAUUCUGGGCGGGAGGGUCGAAAAAAUAAGAAGGAACCCAAAGAGCCAUCUCCCAAGCAGGAUGUUGUAGGUAAAGCUCCACCAUCCACUACGGCAGCGGGCAGCCAGUCUCCCUCCGAGACGCCGGUCCUCACCCGCUCUUCCUCCCAAACCCCCACGGCUGGUGUCACGGCCACCACCAGCACGACGUCCACAGUCAUGGCCCCAGUCGCUGCCGCCACGGGAAGCCCAGUGAAAAAGCAGAGGCCACUCUUACCGAAGGAGACUGCCCCAGCCGUGCAGCGGGUCGUGUGGAACUCAUCAAGUAAGUUUCAAACGUCCUCCCAAAAGUGGCACAUGCAGAAGAUGCAGCGUCAGCAGCAGCAGCAGCAGCAAAACCAGCAACAGCAGCCUCAGUCUUCCCAGGGGACGAGAUAUCAGACCAGACAGGCUGUGAAAGCUGUCCAGCAGAAGGAGAUCACACAGAGCCCAUCCACGUCCACCAUCACCCUGGUGACCAGCACACAGUCGUCGCCCCUGGUCACCAGCUCGGGGUCGACAAGCACACUUGCGUCUUCAGUCAGUGCUGACCUACCCAUUGCCACUGCCUCAGCCGAUGUCGCUGCAGAUAUUGCCAAGUACACUAGCAAAAUGAUGGAUGCAAUAAAAGGAACGAUGACAGAGAUAUAUAAUGAUCUUUCAAAAAACACUACUGGAAGCACAAUAGCCGAGAUCCGAAGGCUGAGGAUUGAGAUAGAGAAGCUCCAGUGGCUGCACCAGCAAGAGCUCUCAGAGAUGAAACACAACCUGGAGCUGACCAUGGCGGAGAUGCGGCAGAGCCUGGAGCAGGAGCGUGACCGGCUCAUUGCUGAGGUGAAGAAGCAGCUGGAGCUGGAGAAGCAGCAGGCGGUGGAUGAGACUAAGAAGAAGCAGUGGUGUGCCAACUGUAAGAAGGAAGCCAUCUUCUACUGCUGUUGGAACACCAGUUACUGUGACUACCCCUGCCAGCAGGCCCACUGGCCUGAGCACAUGAAGUCCUGCACCCAGUCAGCUACUGCCCCUCAGCAGGAAGCAGAUGCUGAGGUGAACCCAGAAACACUAAACAAGUCAUCCCAGGGUAGCUCCUCCAGCACGCAGUCAGCCCCUCCAGAAACAGCCAGCGCCUCGAAAGAGAAGGAGACAUCAGCUGAGAAGAGCAAGGACAGUGGCUCUACCCUCGACCUUUCUGGCUCCAGGGAGACGCCCUCCUCCAUUCUCUUAGGCUCCAACCAAGGAUCUGACCAUUCCCGGAGUAGCAAGUCCAGUUGCUGGAGCAGCAGCGAGGAGAAGCGGGGGUCAGCACGUUCCGAGCACAACGCCAGCACCAAGAGUCUCAUCCCGAAAGAGUCUCGGCUGGACACCUUCUGGGACUAGGGACAAACCGAGAGAAGCCAUUCAAAAUAAAACUCAACAGACUCCAGAGCAAAACAGGAAACAGAAAAGCAGUGUGAGACAUGAGAACAACCCCCUUCAGACUUGAGAAUUCCAAACGUUCAGACUUUGCCUUUGCUGCCGGCGCAGAGGGCAGCCCACACUACAGUGUCCAGCAUUAGCUUUGACCGAGGACUGUUCAACCCACAUGAAACGUAUGCUUUAGAUGUAAAUAAUGUACAAUUUGUGGAUGUCAUUGAACCUAGAGGACCUUCCCCUUUUUAUAUUUGUAUUGACUUUAACUUAUAAAAAAAAGAAAAAAAAAAAACAAUUUAAAAAAGAAAACCAACAACAAAUAGAAUGUUUUGAUGUUGGAGAAGGGGUGGUCAGUCUGCCCGUCUGUCACGACGUAUAUGGAACACUGGGCCAGGGGGAUUGCUGGGGCCUACAGCUCAUCUUCCUUGGUGGCCCAGAGGAAGUGACAUUUUCGUUCAUAUUUCUGUACACAGCCCACUGGGAUCAGGAGUUUCAGCACAGACUGCUGUCACGGGCACAUCACAUCAGCCAUUGGCCCCUUUCAAAUCCUGCAUUACCACGUUAUAGAAUGGGAAUUCUCCGGACCAGAAGGACAUGUGGAGAAGUUAUUUCCUUUUGUGUGAUUUAAACAAUGACUCGACUCCUAAAAGAGGAAAAAAAAUAUCCUUGUUUACAGCAGAGAAGCAGAGAAAAGCCCCGCGCAGCUCAGUUGCAUAGGAGAGGAUAGCAAGUGUUAGGUCCCAAGCUCCGAAAGAGAGAAACCUUUGCUUUGCUUUGUGGUUCCUUCCAACCCACUCACAAACACUUCGUAAGAGAUCCUGCGCUUCUCUGAAGCAAGAACUCGCAGGCAAGGUGUGCGCAGAGGGCAUUUGAGUCUGGGAUGAAGCAUGUAUGUAUUAUUUAUAUGAUGGAAUUUUACGUUUUUGUGUAAGCAUGAAAUCAAGGCAGUAUGAGAGAAAGCAAGACCCCCGCCAUGCUGUCUGUGACACUACGUAUGCUGUAGUAUCAUUUUGUAUGUUGUGUAAAACAGCAUUGAACAAGAGGUGAUGUAUGUAUAUGAGAAAAUUAAUUGUACGAUAUCAUUCCAGUACAUUUUGUUGUACAUUUUAGUCUCGUUUACUUUCUCUUCAUUGUUGAUAAGAGGAUGAGAACUGUACAGUUUCCAGCUAGUUACCCAUAUUAGAGAAGAAAUAAAAAGAGAGUAUUAGAAGAAAGCGAGAAGAACAUUUGUGAAUUGCAGUUGUCAAAAAAAAAAAAAAAAAAAA